AUGGCCGAGACCAAUUCCAACAACAUCGAUCCCAACGAGGUUGACCGAGAGAUCGAGAUCGCUGCAGAAGAGGUGACGAGACAAUGCCCAUUAUUUCCGUCCCUGCUGUUACGAGUUGCUGACCUCUUUCAACAGGAUUAUGGCGAUAAUGUCUCGAACAUCGGCAGUACUGUAGCAUCGUCAACCACCAGCGUGUGGAGCUCCAUUUUGGACCACCGUAUUGAGAACGGGAGGACAUACCACCGAUACAAAGAAGGAAAUCUGCAGCACCAUCUAUUUAGGCUUACGUUCGAGGGCCGUUUGGGUAAUGCGCCGCCCAUCGAGCCGGAUGCCAAGGUGGGACGCGUCCUGGAUCUGGGAUGUGGUACGGGGAUCUGGGCGAUCGACUAUGGCGAUGAACACCCCGAGACUGAGGUAUGGAAUGAAUUCUUUUGCGCUGAAAACCUCCCGCAGUUUUCUCACGUGUACCAGGUCCUUGGGAUCGAUCUUUCUCCAACUCAGCCGGAAUUCACCGCUUCAAACGUCAUGUUUGAGAUUGACGACGUCGAAGAACCGUGGACUUACACGGAGCCCUUUGACUACAUUCACAGCCGAAUGAUGAACUCCAACAUUGGCGAUUGGGACGCCUAUGUUAAACAAUGUUUCGAUAAUCUGUCUCCGGGAGGUUAUCUAGAGCUCAAUGAAUGCGACAUUGCCCCAUGCUCGGACGACGGGACUUUGCGGGCGGAUUCGGCAAUUUCGAAAUCUGUUCAGUUGCUGCAAGAGGCCUCCGAGAUUUUCGGACGUCCGUUCAAGCCGAUGAAGGAGCUCAAAUCCGUCUUGAUCAAUGCUGGGUUCGUCGACGUUGUCAUGCAACAAUACAAGUGGCCGACAAACGACUGGCCGUUGGACCCGAGGUUCAAAGUGAUCGGAAGCUGGUCAAACGACAACAUUUCGUCUGGAUGGGAAGCAGUCUGCAUGGCAAACUUGACCAGGGCUCAUGGAUGGACCAGAGAAGAGGUCAUCGUCUUCAUGGCCCAAUGUCGCAAGGAAUUCUCCGACAGGCGCAUCCACGCUUAUUUAUCCAUCUGGUCGGUGUAUGGCAGGAAGCCCCUUGCCUCGAAUGAGACAUAA